UUUCCGUUUCCGUAAAACAUGGGUGCGAAAAAUGUAGAAACGAGAUGGGCUUAGGCUUUAUGGGUGUUUACUGCUAUUGAGGCCCAAUUCAAUAAGAGCAAGGUUUAGGGUUUUGUUUUAGAACAACAGUGAUGAAGAAGGAAGAAGAAGAAGAAGAAAAUUGAACCAAAAAUCAACAGAAAUGGAGGAAUUAGCUCCGUCCACUGUUCUGGGUUACCUGGAUCCUAAUUACUGGAAUGAAAGAUUUUCAAAAGAGGAACAUUAUGAAUGGUUCAAAGAUUACUCUCAUUUUCAACACCUCAUUCAAACCCAUAUCUCUCCCAAUUCUUCAGUGUUGGAGCUUGGUUGUGGGAAUUCGCAGUUAUGCGAUGAAAUGUAUAACGACGGGAUUACUGAAAUAACUUGCAUUGAUUUGUCUGCGGUUGUUGUGGAGAAGAUGCAGCAACGUUUAUUAGCUAAGGGAUAUAAAGAAAUAAAAGUGCUGGAAGCUGAUAUGCUAGAUCUUCCCUUUAGCGACGAGUGUUUUGAUGUGGUUAUUGAGAAAGGAACUAUGGAUGUACUGUUUGUUAAUAGUGGCGACCCAUGGAAUCCAAGACCUGAAACAGUAAAACAGGUCAAGGCAAUGCUUGAGGGUGUUCACAGAGUUCUAAAACCAGAUGGCAUUUUCAUUUCAAUCUCUUUCGGCCAGCCGCACUUCAGGCGUCCUUUAUUUGAUGCUCCUGAAUAUUCAUGGUCUGUCGAGUGGAAAACUUUUGGUGAUGGAUUCCAUUAUUUUUUCUAUAUCUUGAGGAAGGGAAAGAGAUCAUUGAUUGAUAAAGGCACAAACGAGAAGAUUGAGACGCCGCCUAUUUGUCUUUUCCAAGACGAAUUAGAGAGCGAAGAUUAUAUAUUUAGAAACAGUAUUGGAGAUGAUUAAUCGUAUGUAAUUAAUUCAUCAUUAAAACCAAAUACUGUAGUUUUGAGCCAUAGCAACAGCAACUGAUUGCUUGAUGGCAAAUUUUGUUUGCAAGGCUUUGUGCUGGUAUUGUAUGUCAAGCUUUGUAGUUGCUAGAUGACUGUAUGAAACUAUCUUAUAUGCCUUAAAUUAGCUUCAAUUUUUUUUAAUUUGAGUGUCUUGAUAAAUUUUUCUGUAAUCAAAUAUCUCAUCUGUUUAAAAUUAUA